UUUGAAAAGAUUAGCAUGGUCAUCAUUCUCAUCAAUUGCGUCACACUUGGGUUGUAUCAACCAUGUGAAACAUCAAGCAGACUGAGCCAACUUUUAGAUAUAUUCGACCACGUAAUUUUCAGUUUUUUCGCCAUAGAGAUGGUGAUAAAGGUCUUUGCUAUGGGCCUGGUUGGAAAGGCAUGCUACCUCAGCGACACCUGGAAUCGACUGGAUAUGUUCAUCGUAGUGGCCGGUAUAACUGAAUACGCAAUCAACAAAUACAAUCUGAACCUAUCAGCUAUACGAACAUUCAGGGUAUUGAGACCGAUACGUGCCAUAAACCGGAUACCA